AUGCCUCGAGAUCUCGAAUCAGAAAUAGACACACUGAACGGCAUGGCGCCAUUGACCAAGGAGCCUGAUACCGGCGCGCCUCCAGUCACGGGCUACGACAAUCUAGUCAAGGACGAAGACAACGACCCCGGAGAUAAGCUCGUGCGGGACAUGCAGCAGGAUGACAAGCGGAACGAGCUGCAUCCCUUCGUGCAGACGCUAACCCUGUCCAACCUCGACAGCUGUGUGCAACUGGAGAAUGCUACUUUCCCACCCAAUGAGGCUGCUUCAAAAGAAAAGGCAUGUCGAGUUUUUACCGUUUGA